ACCCCAGCCGGCAGCAUUGGCUCCCUGGAAGGAGGGAAGGAAGGAAAAGCAGCCCUUACUGCUGCCCUACUCUGCUGCUGGUUCUGCUGGUGAUGAAGUCGACUCCUCUCCUCCUCCUCCUCCUCCUCAGCUCGCUGUGGGGCUGCAGCGGGCGACCCAGCGAGAGGCUGGCAGUGCUGCCGCAGGAGCCGGUGGUGCAGUACGGGGGCUCGGUGCAGCUGAACUGCUCUCUGGCCUGCUCCGGGGGCACGGUGCAGUGGAGGGGGCUGGACGCCAACCUGGGCAGCAUCACCUCCUUCCCCACUCACAGCAUCCUGCACAUCAGCAGUGCCGGGGUAGCCACAGAGGGCACCAAGACCUGCCAGGGGACCUGCCAGGGGCAGCUAUACCAGCGCACCGUCAAGCUGAGGGUCUAUGCGUUCCCGGACACGCUGCAGCUGGUGACAGAGCCCCGUGCCCUGGAGCCAGGGCAGCCUGGCAGCCUGCACUGCUUGGCCCAGGGGGUCUACCCACCAAGGGAGCUGGAGCUCACCUGGUACCUGGGGGAGCAGGUGCUGAAGGAAGACGAUUUCGAUAUCAUGGAGGCUGAUGAGAUGCUGUUCAACGUCGUGUCCACACUGUCGGUGGAGGGGGAGGAGGUGGAAGAAGGGGCAGAGUUCAGGUGUGAGGUGAAGCUGAGCAUUGGGCAGGAGAUCUUCACCCGGGUGGCAUCUGUGACUGUGAGCACUGGAGAUGUGGUGGAGCAGCCAGGGGCCAUGGCCAGCUCCCCUGACACCCUCUGGACAGUGGCAGCUGCGACAGACAGCCCCAGCACAGCACAGCCUGCAACCACCACAGAGCUGCCCUCUGAGCCAACCAUCUCCACACAUGAUGCCACCACGCAGGGCCCCCUCACUGAGACCAUCCUGGAGCCGGCAGCUGCCACCAAACCCCACUCCACAGAGCAUCCUGCUCCCCAAGACCUCAUCACUGGCACCUCCAUGGCACAUUCGGCCACCAGCACAAGCCCUGGCUCCAGCACGGCACCUGGCCCAGCUGAGGCACCGGGGACAGCUGCGGGGAGCACCGGCCGGGGCACUGCGCCCGCGGAGGAGGCGGCAGGGACAGCCGAGGGGACGGUGCCUGCUUGCAGCCUGCAGAUCUGGUCGCUGCCUCCCAACGGAACGCGGGGCAGGGCCCUACGCAUCGAGUGCCAGGCUCGCUGUGCCAGGAACGUCACCAUCCGCUGGCUGCAGACCCCCGUGGCCCUCUCGCAGUACCGGCAGGAGGUGGCGGGCGGCAGCUCCGCGCUGCGGCUGGACCACGCCGAGCCCCAGCACCAAGGCUACUACCGGUGCGUCCUGCUCGGCCACCGCUCCCCGGCGGUCAGCCUGCGGCUGAUGGUCUUGGACGAUUCGCCCAGCACAGUCCCUGCCGCUGCCACGGGCACAGCGCUCUCGCUGCUGGGACUGAUCGUGACCGGUGUCGUGUCCCACCGCCUGCGCAAACGAUCUCGGUACGAGCUGCGCUAGGAGCAGGAGCCGCCUGCGGCUGCCCCCAGCCCUGUCCCCGCUGCCACCCUUCCUGCUGCUGGCCUCGCCCGGGCGAUGGAGCUGGGACUGGUGGCGCCGGUGGGGUGCGGGAUGCUGCUGUGAGCCCCGAGAGAAGAGCACCCCCAGGACACAAGAGGGGACCUGGAGACCUCGGAGCUGCUCUGGAAAUCCUCACCCACGUCUGAGGCUCUGCUGCCCGAGACGCUGAGGAGCCUGUGAGGGGCUCGGCCGCCGGGUGCAAGGCUUGCUGCUCAGAGGGGCUGGUGGGGGUCCUGCCGGAGCAGAGCCGGGGGGCGAGGAGGGCUGCUGCGGGACCCCGCAGGAGGGGUAGGCUGCAAGGGGGACGAGCAGAGACAUCCAAAGGGACAGCGCUGGAAUAUGCUGAGCCCAACGCUGAGCGCUGGUGUGGGAUCCGACCCUCGGGGCUCCUGACACCCACGCGGGUGGAGCGGAGAGUGGGUCCAGGGGAGGGCAACAAAGGUGGGGAAGGCUCUGGAGAAUAAAUCUGAUGAGGAGCGACUGAGGGAGCUGGGGAUGGGUAGUGUGAGGAAGAGGAGGCUGAGGGCAGACUUCACUGCUGUCUACAGCUACCUGAAGGGACCUUGUGGAAAGGCUGCUGCUGGGCUCUGCUGCCGGGUAAUUGGAGGCAGAAGAAGGGGGAAUGGCCUCAAGCUGAGGCUGGGGAGGUUUAGGUUGGAUAUCAGGAAAAAGGUUUUUCACGGAGAGAGUGGUCAGGGAGUGGAAUGAGCUGCCCAGGGAGGUGCUGGAGUCACCCAGCCUGGAGGGGUGCAAGGGAUGCUUCCUGGGCUGCACUCACACUGCAGGCUCCUGUUGAGCUUUGCCUCGCCCCAGACCCGGCUGGUUGAGGCUGUUUCAUUCCCCGUUCAUAAGCCCCUGUCAGUCACUGCUUCCUGCCGACCCAAAUCCCACAGGAUCGCAGGGUAUUUUCCCCAUCUCUUGAACAUUGAUUAAAAAUAAUAUUCCCAUAGGCA